CGGAUCCGCCCCGCCCCAAUGCUCGUGCUUCAGGCCGGACGGGGCAGUGAGCGGCGUGUCCCAGAGGCAGAGUGCCGUGUGUGGAGGGCUGGCCGGGGGCAGUAGGUUUGAAGGUUAACAGAGGAUGGAAUUAUUGCCAUGUCUUUGGGACAGCUUCUUCGUCGUGCUUCCUCCAAGGCUUCCGACCUCCUGACCCUUGGCUCAGACGGAGGAACAUCCUCUAUACUAGAUGGAGAGAUAAUAUUCUCGAAAAAUAAUGUGUGUGUACAUCCCCGAGAGCUACUGCAAGAUGUUUCAACACAUCAUCCUGGAUACUUGUGUGUCUACAUGGAGAAAGAUGAGUCUCUGGGUGCCACCUUGAUUUUGGCCUGGGUUCCUAACUCUCGCAUUCAGCGUCAGGAUGAAGAGGCCUUGCGUUACAUUACUCCUGAGAGUUCACCAGUCCGAAAAGUUCAACGAAAAAGAAAUCGGCACCUUCCAAAAACUGCUUCUUCCUCAUCUCAAAAACCAUCCACAUUUACCAAAGAAAAUCCAGGAGACAACCCAGGACAGAAUGCUGCUUAUACUCCUGGAGAGCAGAAUGCCUCUGAUGUCUCUGAAGAGGGAACAGGGGAUGUUGUAGAACAAGGCGAAGAUGAACGGUCUUUGGACAUAUCUUCUGAUGAAGUGAGCAAAGAUAGCCCUUUGGACUCUGAUUCUGAUGCAUUUUCUUCUCCCUUUUGUCUGUCCCCUAUAAGCGAAGCUCUAGGAGAAAGCAGUGGUUCUGUUUUUUUGGAGAAUGAGAUGAGGCAAGAUUCUGAAAGUCACAUGACCUGCUAUGCAUCCAGCCCUGAAGCCAACUCCCAUUAUCGAGAGAUAAACGGUCGUGGAAACCCUGCAAAAUGGGAGGAGCAGCAAAAACUCCUGGCACUUGAGCAGACAUGUGGAGUGUUCAGGGUGGACUUGGGUCAGAUGCGUUCACUGCGCCUCUUCUUUUGCGAUGAAGCUUGUACCAGUGGACAGUUGGUGAUCGCCAGCAGAGAAAGUCAGUACAAAGUUUUUCAUUUCCAUCAUGGAGGACUGGGAAAAUUAUCCGAAGUGUUCCAAAAGUGGAAGUACUGCCAGGAGACACAGCUGAAGGAUAAGAAGCAGCAGGUAUCAGAGGACAAGACCUGUCUCCACUUCUCAAUACAGAGGCCUAAUAUACCUUCUACUGAAGCUCAUCCUGAAGAGGGAAUGUACCAGAAACUUGAUGUUACUCUGUGGUUGCAACAUUUCAAUGAUGUUGGACAGGUGGAGGAAGAGUACAAACUCCGCAAGGCAAUAUUUUUUGGUGGCAUUGAGACAUCCUUGAGGGGAGAAGUGUGGCCAUUCCUUCUUGGAUACUACAACUGGGAGUCCACUAGUGAGGAGCGUGAAUCUCUGCGGGUUCAGAGAAGAGAGGAAUAUGCCCAGAUCCAGAAUAAAAGAGUCUCCAUGAGCCCUGAUGCUCAGAAAGAUUUCUGGAGAAAGGUUCAGUUUACAGUGGAUAAAGAUGUUGUGAGGACAGACCGGAGUAACCAGUUCUUCAGAGGAGAGGACAAUCCCAAUGUAGAGGCUAUGAGGAGGAUCCUGUUGAACUAUGCCGUGUACUGCCCUGGAGUCGGUUAUUCGCAAGGAAUGUCAGAUCUUGUGGCACCACUGUUGGCAGAGAUCCUAGAUGAGUCUGACACCUUUUGGUGUUUUGUCGGCCUUAUGCAAAACACCAUUUUUAUCAGCUCGCCUUGUGACGAGGACAUGGAAAAGCAGUUGAUGUAUCUUCGUGAGUUACUGCGUCUUGUUUACGCUCGUUUUUAUCAACACUUGCUGUCUCUUGGAGAAGAUGGUCUCCAGAUGCUGUUCUGUCACCGUUGGAUGCUUCUUUGCUUCAAAAGGGAAUUUCCAGACUCUGAGGCCCUCAGGAUGUGGGAAGCAUGCUGGGCUCAUUAUCAGACAGAUUAUUUCCACCUUUUCCUCUGUGUUGCCAUUAUUGUUCUGUAUGGAGAUGAUGUCAUUGAGCAGCAGUUGCCAACAGACCAGAUGUUGCUACAUUUCAGUAACUUGGCCAUGCAUAUGAACGGAGAUCUGGUUCUUAAAAAGGCAAGAAGUUUACUUUACAAGUUUCGCCUCUUGCCUAAAAUUCCCUGCAGUCUGCAUGAUUUGUGCAAGUUGUGUGGGUCAGGCAUGUGGGACAGCGGUUAUAUCCCACCAGUGGAAUGUACAGGCCAACACCCAGAAUCCAACGACUGCCUGUAUGGUGGCACUGUAGCAGGGCCAGCUCCGAAUCCUCAAAAACACACCAAGAAAAGACACAAAUCACUUGAUGUUUUCACAUUCAGGAAAUAAAAAGCCAGGUACAGUUGCAAGAAGAAAAAAAUGCAACAAACUGAUACACACACAGAAGAUGCUGAUCAUGAACUAUCUGUGGCUUAUGUUUCUCACAAAGACUCGUCUUCAACCAAACCCUUGAGAUUGCUCAAGAUAUGCAAUUCUAGAUCCUCCCCACAUCCUCUGUUUGAGUUUUAGCAGAUUGAGUAGUAGAGCAGGGUUAAAACUGUUUACAAAAAGAUAAUUUUCCAUCACACCUAUGAAUUUUUUUCAGAAUACAGAUCAUGCUUCUCUUUAGCUUCCUAGAUACAAAUCUGCUGCUGGUUAAGAGUCAACCUGUUUGUGAGUGAUGCAAGAAGAAUGAGCUGUGUUAGUGUUUAAAUGCACAUACUGUAACAGCUACUCUACAUGCUGAGUGGCUUAAAGUGUCCUCUGUGGUGAUUAAUAAUGGACCUGUUUCUACAUUGCCCUGUUAAGGGGCAUGUCUGGGUAAAACAAGUACAAUUAGAAAUAUGUGGUACAUCUCAGCGGUAUGUGCAAAUGUUAUCCCUUUUAAAAACACUGCUUGUACAGAAAAAUAUAUGUUGAUCAGCCAAAAAUCCUGUAAGCUCCUAACCUUUCACAUGGGCGCCUCCAUCUUUUAAAUUCUGCUUGCUCCUCGGGGGAUCACUCCACUGAUCACCGCCAAGCAAGCAGAUGACAGGUCCAUGUCUGCCGAACAGAGCGGACACAGUCCCACUCUUCUCUAUGGGGAAAUCAGAUGGAAACAGAUCGCCUGUCCGUUUUCAUGCGAUCAGCCAGACAGAUAGAAACUAGGACCACCAUCUUUUUUUGGCGUGCAGGAUCGGAUAGCGUCGGUGGUCAGUGGACAUGUGUCUGCUGACAUCCACCACUCCAUAGAGGAGACUGAAAGGUCUGAUCAGGUCCGCCUGAAAAACUGACAGACGGACCUGAUCAGAAGGCCUGUGCGAAAGGAACCACGUGUUGAAGCUUCAGGGACUUAAUAGCACUACUUUUACAAAGUGGUGCUAUUAUUGCACUGAAUUAAAAAAAUAAAUGGCUUCAGUUUAUAGAACAAAACUAUAGGUAAUUAAGACCAACUCUAUAAGCAUACAGAGACAGGCAGUGUGCCUGUUUCUCUAUGCUGCUGUGUAGCUGAGUGGUAAGUUUGCCGCUGCUACCUUCUUUCUUGUUGGUGCUGACAGUGGAUGAAGCCUGAUGGGAGAGCUGGGAUGCUAGUUCCCCAUAAGAUCUGUUCUUUCCUUGUGAUAGCAGGAUGGGCAGAUGCUAUACCUAGUAGCAGGCUGUCCAUUCCCUAUGGAUCCACCCAUUGCUUUCUGUCAAUUCAAGGGAAGCAGACCUGAUAGGGAACUAGUGUAUUGGCUUCUCCAUGAGGUUCUGCCCACCCACCUCAAAAUUCUAUGGUGCUGUGCUGUCUGCGAUUGCUGCAGCAGUGGGGAGGGAGCUUGGCUGCACCGAGGACAGAGGGUCUGUAUUGACACUCCCUGCUUUGAAAAAAAGGGGAAACAUGGGGAAUGUGCAUGUGUUGCAGAGAUGUACUUAUGUAUUUCUUAAAGUUAUUUUGCCCAGACUUUAAGAUUGUUCUCAAGUGGAUCAAGCUUUGGGGGAUAAAUGCGUAAAAUAAAGAUGGGAAACUACAUUAAGGUGAGCAGAAAGGUGUCAUAUCUUUUUAUUAUAACUUUAAGACAUUCUUGACAUCUGACCAUACUGAAAUUGCCAGUGAAGCACAAUCCUAUAUCCUCUUUAUUUUACGGACUCUUCUUUAUCAUUACAGAGUAUAAGAUAGAAAUAUGCGAAUGGGUCCUUCACCAAUGUUUUUGUAAUAAAAAUAAUCAUCCACUGUG